AUGUCAUCCGACCCAGCUGCAACCCUUCGUCACCGCACCAGCGUCAUGCCAGCCCCACCAGGAACAGGACAAGCGGAGGACAUCAGACAAGCCGCAGAACAGAUCACAUCCAAGAUUCCCGCUCAUCACACCCUCACCUCUCUCUCCAUCACCCAUGUCCAGUUUGCCCAGGACGACAUCCUCUCCAAACUGUUUGCAUACGUGACCCUAUCCCCCUUGGCGAUUCUUUGUGGAUAUGCCGCUGUGGUUAUUACGUCGCGCGAUUUGAAACCCGCGAUUAUGUUGGCUGGACAGCUUGCAAACGAGUUGGUGAACUUGGUCUUGAAGCGCCUUGUCAAACAAGCACGUCCUACUGAAUACCUUGGCGACGGCUAUGGUAUGCCUUCGAGCCACUCGCAGUUCAUGGCCUACUUUGCGACCUACGUUGUCAUCCUCAUGUACCGGAGGAGUAUCGCCUCUGACCCGCUUGUUCCUCACACUAUUUCUACUGUCGUCGUUCUCUGGUCUACAUUGGUCGUCUACUCUCGUGUCCACUUGUACUAUCACACAUGGCAACAGGUCGUUGCAGGCACGAUCUGCGGGUUCUUUUUUGCGAUCAUCUAUUAUAACAUUGUCAAUGGCUUCCUGCGUUCCAAGGGACUCUUUGAGUGGAUUGUCGAUCACCCCCUGGCACGUCAUUUCCAUAUCCGUGAUACCGACUCUAUCCACGACGUUGCCAAGUUUGACUGGGAAAUGUGGCAGCAGUACCGCAGAACCACUGCCCAAGCCAAGAACCAAUAA